GGGUGGGCUGAGCGUGCGGAACGCCGACGGACCCAGCCGGCUCGCGGGGCUCCCAGCCACUCCGCGACCCCUACGCACUUCCUCGGCGGCUCCGCCGCCCGCCCGGACGCGCCGCGCGCAGCCUCCGCCGAGCCGAGGUUCCAGCCGGAAGGAACAGCCUCCUCCCCUUAGGAUGUCCUCGCCCUCCAGCCUGCCCGCUUUCAGGCUCGAGACGUCAGAUGGAGGCCAAGAAGAUGGUGCCCAGGUGGACAAAGGAAAACUGGGCGGCGGUGCCGGGCCACCCCCCAUGGAGUCACCAUUCCAGGGCGAGGACCGGAACUUCUCGCCUCAGAUCAAAGUGAACCUCAGCUUCCGAAAGGGGGCAGGUGCCAGCCAACCAGACCCAAACCGCUUCGACCGUGACCGGCUCUUCAGCGUGGUGGCCCGGGGGGUCCCCGAGGAUCUGGUGGGGCUACCAGAGUACCUGCGCCGGACCAGCAAGUACCUCACGGACUCGGAGUACACAGAGGGCUCCACGGGGAAGACAUGCCUGAUGAAGGCCGUGCUGAACCUCCGGGACGGGACCAACGCCUGCAUUGAGCCGCUGCUGCAGAUUGACCGGGACUUGGGCAAUCCUCGGCCUCUGGUCAACGCCCAGUGCACAGAUGAGUACUACCGAGGCCACAGCGCCCUGCACAUCGCCAUCGAGAAGAGGAGCCUGCCGUGUGUGAAGCUCCUGGUGGAGAAUGGGGCUGACGUGCAUGCCCGGGCCUGUGGCCAGUUCUUCCAGAAGAAAAGCCAAGAGACCUGCUUCUACUUCGGCGAGAUGCCCCUCUCCCUGGCCGCGUGCACCAAGCAGUGGGACGUGGUGACCUACCUCCUGGAGAACCCGCACCAGGCCGCCAGCCUGCAGGCCGCCGACUCGCUGGGCAACACGGCCCUGCACGCCUUGGUGAUGAUCGCAGACGACUCGGCCGAGAACACGGAAAUGGUGACCCGCAUGUACGAUGGGCUGCUCCAGGCGGGGGCCCGCCUCUGCCCCACGGUGCGGCUCGAGGACAUCCCCAACCUGCAGGGCCUCACGCCCCUGAAGCUGGCCGCCAAGGAGGGCAAAAUUGAGAUUCUCAGACACAUCCUGCAGCGGGAGUUCCCGGGGCCGUGCCAGUCCCUUUCCCGCAAGUUCACGGAGUGGUCCUACGGGCCUGUGCGGGUGUCGCUGUAUGACCUGGCCUCUGUGGACAGCUGGGAGGAGAACUCAGUGCUGGAGAUCAUCGCCUUUCAUUGCCAAAGCCCGCACCGGCACCGAAUGGUGGUUUUGGAGCCGCUGAACAAACUGCUGCAGGCGAAGUGGAAUCUGCUCAUCCCCAGGUUCCUCUUCAACUUCCUGUGUUACUUGACCUACAUGUCCAUCUUCACCGCUGUCACCUACCACCAGCCUGCCCUGGACAAGGACUUCCUCCCGCUGGAAGGAACUGCUGGGAACUCCAUGCUGCUGCUGGGCCACAUCCUGAUGCUGCUUGUGGGGGCCAACAUCCUCAUGGGCCAGCUGUGGUACUUCUGGAGGCGCCGUCUGUUCAUCUGGAUCUCGUUCAUGGACAGCUACUUUGAAAUCCUCUUCCUGGUCCAGGGGCUGCUCACCGUGCUGUCCCAGGUGCUGUGCUUCCUGGCCAUCGAGUGGUACCUGCCCCUGCUCGUGUGCUCGCUGGCGCUGGGCUGGCUGAACUUGCUGUACUACACGCGCGGCCUGCAGCACACGGGCAUCUACAGUGUCAUGAUCCAGAAGGUCAUCCUGCGGGACCUGCUCCGCUUCCUCCUGGUCUACUUGGUCUUCCUUUUCGGCUUCGCUGUAGCACUGGUGAGCCUGAGCCGGGAGGCCCGGGACUCCGGGGCCCCUGCGGGCUCCAACACCACGGAGGUGGCGGGAAAGGGGGACGCGGAGGGCAGCACGGCCCCGUACGAGGGCGUCCUGGACGCCUCCUUGGAGCUGUUCAAGUUCACCAUCGGCAUGGGCGAGCUGGCCGUCCAGGCCCAGCUGCGCUUCCGUGGGGUGGCGCUGCUGCUGCUUCUGACCCACGUGCUGCUCACCUACGUCCUGCUGCUCAACAUGCUCGUCGCCCUCAUGAGCGAGACCGUCAGCAGCGUCGCCAGCGACAGCUGGAGCAUCUGGAAGCUGCAGAAAGCCAUCUCUGUCCUGGAGAUGGAGAACGGUUACUGGUGGUGCAGGAGGAAGAAGCAGCGGGCAGGGGUGAGACUGACAGUUGGCACCAGGCCGGACGGUCUCCCCGACGAGCGCUGGUGCUUCAGGGUAGAGGAGGUGAACUGGGCUGCGUGGGAGCAGACGCUGCCCACGGUGCGUGAGGAGCCCUCGGGGCCAGGCGGCCCUGGCGCCCUGAAGAACCCAGCCCUGGCCUCCCAAUCCAGCCAGGACAGUGCUGUGGAGGAAGACCAUGUGCCCCUCCAGCUCCUUGAGUCCCACUGAUGCAGCAGGAGGCCGGGAGGACAGAGCACGGAAUGUUUCCAGCCCCACCUACUGGCUCUGGGACCUCAAGGGACUUUGGCGGCAAAAAUAAAUAAGUAAUUUCUUGUGGCUAACUCUCCUGGAAACAUUAUUUGAGUAAAGGUACUGGGCCCCAGGACUUCCCUGGUGGCGCAGUGGUUAAGAAUCCACCUGCCAAUGCAGGGGACACGGGUUCGAGCCCUGGUCCGGGAAGACCCCACAUGCCGCGACGCAACCAAGACCAUGCGCCACAACGGUCUCUAGAGCCCACGUGCCGCAACUAUUGAAGCCCGCGUGCCUAGAGCCCGUGCCCUGCAACAAGAGAAGCUCACCGCAGUAAGAAGUCCACGCACCGCAACGAAGAGUAGCCCCCGCUCAAUGCAACUAGAGAAAAGCCCGCGCACUGUAACAAAGACCAACGCAGCCAAAAAUAAAAUUAAAAAGAAUUAAAAAAAUAAAAAGGUACUGGGCCCCUGAGCUGGUCGGCGUCUGCAUGUCUCUGUGAGCUCACGUCUGUGUCUGGGGCCGGGCUGCUCCCGCCCUCUCCUGGGCACAGGGACCCUCACCUACCGCCCCCCAGCUGCCCUCUUCGGGGUGCAGGCAGCUAGCCGAGGCGCUGUGCCUGCUGUCACCGCAGACGCGAGGUGGUGGACACCAGCAAGCACAGCCGCCUGUCCUUCCUCUCCCACAGCCUCCAGACGCCCCUUAAAGCCACCCCAGGACGUCUCUCAAAGCCUUUGCGCUCCUGGGCUUACUUAGUUCAGGCUGUGGAUUAUUGCCUCCUCUCCCCGCUGGCUUCCUGCGCAGUUCCCACCCUUCCAAGCCUGAGGGACCUUCCUGAGACACAAGGGCAACAAGUUACCCCCGUCUCUGAAGGCUUGAGAGGCUCCCGGCGCCCACGGGGGCCCUAGCUGGCACCCCCCAGCCCUCCGCGGUUUUGCAGACGCCUCCUGCUCUCCUUGGCACCUGCAGUAUAUCCUUCGCGCAGGAUGGUGGACCUCGUGUGUGUCUGACUCCUAGGAUUGGCUCUCCCUAGAAGCCUCCCCUUCCUCCAUUAAAAUGCUACGCUUAUUUCUAAAACCAGCUCAAAAACCUAUGUCUCACUACCGCUUUUCCAGUUUUCACCCUUAGGGUAAUGUGUGUUCGUAAGACGCGCGUGCACGGGUUGAAUGUUUUUUAAGUGGCAAGAGCCGAGCCUGUUCCCACGCUGGGACGGAGGGAGGGUUCGCCGCUGGUGAGACGGAGCACAGCUGGAGGAGUCCCGAGGGAGAGGGGACGGAGGAAGGAGACUGAGGACGGGGGUCGGAGCGUAGGGGGCUGGAGAGGCUCGUGCAGGGAGAGCAGACGGCACCGCCCCCCAGGGCCAGAAGCAGCUACGGUGUGUGCACACUUGCCGCGCGCCCAGGCUCUGCAGGGUUUCAAGGGCGUGAUCGCACAUGAUGCGCAGAACCGCCGUCUGGGGCCUCCGUCGCUCCACCUUCCAGAGGAGCAACCGGAAGCUCACGACGGCGGACUCUUCGCUCGGGACCACCCGGCAGAGGGGCGGAGGGGCGGAGGGGCGGCGGAGCGGCGGGAAAGUCCCCAAACGGCUGGCGCGCACUGGACCUGCGCACGCGCGCUGGGGCUCGCUGUGCCCCUGUGACCCAGAAUUCCACGGCCUCGGAAGAGACCAUGGGCUCUGCAGGAGGGGGGAGUCCGGGGGCGGCGCCUGCACCAUUAAACGGGCUGGAAGUUCCGUUGAGUCUUUUGCCAUAAUCCCCCUCCCUUCUGUGAGGGGUGGAAUGUUCCGACUGCUUAAGAGGCUGGGACGGCUGUUGUGGGGCCUUUCCACCGUAGGUGUCGGGCGGCUGGUGAGGGUAGACACACUCGCUUUUGGAGACGGGAGCAGCAUCCCAACCCGAGGUUAAGAACCAGUCUGGGUUGCAAGUUAGUGAAGGGUGGCCAGUGCGUGAUCACCGUAUGGGAGCCCGAGCAUCGGCCUGCUCCGAGGCUGUGCUGCGGCAGGGGCAGAAUUUGAAGUCCAAAGGAACAAGGGCAGCCAUCAGCUUGGGCCCUGAAAACCUGGGCCUCCCGCAUUUGGUGUAGAAACACCUUGUGCUCAGUAUCAGAGGGACAUUCUUACCAAUGAGAGCCAAGAAAUGGACUUUCUGGGACCACGUGGACUGGCAUUUCUGGUGUCACUAAGUUCAUGAGUUUUCUUGUAUCGUCCCUUAACCAAAAGGAGCUUUUGUACUUUUAAAUAUUGUAUAAGUGUGUUCUUGGGUGAGAGCCUGAGGUUUUUGAACUGGAAACUUCCUGAAAUUUGUAUCUCCAUGCAGUUAACCAUCAACAAUGUAAUAAAAGUAUGGUCUUUGGUA